UGCAGCGCGGGGCUCUCCCUUUCCGCUGGGCGCUGACCUUGCUUUGCCCGGCGCGGGGCCGCUGUUUGUCCUGUGUUUCUCGCAGCCGCAGCCAUGGUGGCUUACUGGCGGCAGGCCGGGCUCAGUUAUAUCCGGUAUUCCCAGAUCUGUGCCCAGGUCGUUAGAGCGGCCAUGAAGCCUCAGUACAAAGCAGAGGCAGAGAGGGCGGCGAUGGCCACUGUGAAAACGGUGAAACCCAAGAAGGAAUAAGAUGAGCUGAUUUGUGGUGAAUAACAGCAAACUGCAAAGCUGUAGGCAAGCUCAAGACUGCAAUAUAAUGUCAUCACAUUAAGUGCAAAACUUGCCUCUAUGUAAAUGAGCACGCUAAUAAAUCCAAUUUCUGUUAAA